AUGGGCAUCCCCAAAUUUUACCGCUGGCUCUCAGAGCGUUAUCCGCUAUUAAACCAGAAGCUUACGUUAACCGAAGGCCCGCCUGAGAUUGACAAUUUGUAUCUUGACAUGAAUGGGAUUAUCCACAACUGUACGCACGCGAAUCGGAAGGACGUUGGUAAUGUUACAGAGGAGGACAUGAUGCUAAAAGUUUUCGAUUACCUGGAGAAGCUUAUUCAAAUUGUGCGGCCUCAGAAACUGCUCUUUAUGGCAAUAGAUGGUGUGGCCCCACGCGCAAAAAUGAACCAGCAACGGUCCCGGCGCUUCAAGUCAGCUAUGGAACGCCUCAAGUUCAUGGCCCGGCUCGGCAAGCAUUUACGCUUCUUCAUCCGCCGGAAGAUGGCUGAAGAUCCGCUGUGGCAGAAGCCCACCGUGGUUUUCUCAGGCCAUGAGGUGCCCGGAGAGGGCGAACAUAAGAUUAUGGAGUAUAUUCGUUGGGACAAGCGGCAGCCCACCUAUGCGCCUAACCAGCGCCAUUGCAUGUACGGUCUGGAUGCGGACUUGAUCAUGCUAUCGCUGGUCUCGCACGAGCCACACUUUUGCCUGCUGCGCGAGGUGGUUUCGUACACGGGCAGUAACCGGGGGCAGCCCGCGCGUGAGGUGCUGGAGAACCCGUGUGCGGAGAACUUCAUUCUCUUCCAGAUCGG